AUGACUGCUAAAUGUUCUUGCAAGCUUUUUGAGUCCAAUGGAAUCGUGUGCCGCCAUAUUAUCCGAGUGUUGAGGGGUGCGAAAAUAAAUGAAUUGCCAAGAAUUUAUGUUCUUAAGCGGUGGGAGAGAAAUUGCAAAAGGGACAUUAUCUUCGAUGGGGAAGGGAACAUGCUUGAAGAGAAUUUAAUUGACCCGGUUGACAUGGCUAUGAAAAGGAAGAUAGCUCUCAUUAGGAACAAGCUAGAAGAUCUCAUUCAGAAGUCUAAAGGUUCAAUGGAAGGAAUUGAAUUCCUGCACACUAGUUUGUGCAAUGCUGAGAUGGCUUUAGCCCAUCUCGUACCAGCUGUAGCAUGCAACACACGCGAAAAUGAGGAGUCAUUUAUCGGGAGCAUCAUUCCAAAGCACGUUACCAUCCACACACCUGCUGAUAUCAAUGCAAGGGGCACUUGCUCUAGAAUAAAGGGACACAGGGAUGCUGUGAGGAGUGGGUCGAGUGAGAAAAAAAGAAGGCCCGGAAUCCAUCAAAAAGUCGCACGCAAAUGUAGCAUUUGUAAGGAAGUGGCGUUCCAUGAUGCAAGGACAUGCUCUAAGAAACAAAUGACACAACAAUAG